GCAGUUAGCUAAAAUUAAUGUGCUCAACUAUCAAGAUGAAAUUUGUAUUUGUACUAUUAGUAGCAGCAAUUCACUGCAGACUUUCCAUUGGACUCAAUACUAGGAGAUGCAGAAUGGCUGCAGAUCGUCUUAGAGAAAUCGAUGACCAAUGUACAGAUAUUUGCGAUGAUUGUACUGAAGAUGUAUUGAGAGAGAGAUGCAAUUGCCAUCCAUUCAUUGAACCGUGCAUGACAGUGAAAGUAACAGCCACUCACACAGUGACCUACGCUCCUCCCGUGGUAACUAUAACACCAACAUGCUCUCCCCCAGUGGUAGCACCAACAUGCUCUCCCCCAGUGGUAGCACCAACAUGCUCUCUCCCAGUGGCAAAAGUAGCACCAUCAUGUCCCACUACCAUUACACAGUAUUCAAGUAUCUCACCAACAAACUGUCUACAGUCUACACACACCAAGGAAAUGUCUACAACUGUAGGGACAAGCUACACUGACACGGUUACUAGAAACAGCAGUACAGUAACAGACAACCUCAAUACAACUACAUGUACCUGCAGUCUAGUGACAGUCACCGCAAUGUCAACUACCGGAGGAGACUCAAACAUCAGUCUUAACACAGCUACUGAAGCAGUUACAAGUAACAGCAAUCAAGGGACGCCAUGUAACAGUAGUCCAGUGACACUAGGAGCAUUCAUAGCUGUAUUAGCAGCACUGCUGGUUGCAGUAACUACAGGAUGGAUAAUCACUUGUGUGGUCAACAGAAGGAAAGAUAAAGCCUCAACUACAAGCAACAAAGAUAAUAACGCUCUACAAAACCCAGUGUAUGAUUCAGAACAUGUCCAACGUUACCAAGGCAACCUGUCAGCUCGCACACAGACAGGCUACAGCUCACAGGGUCCGGCCUACGAACAGGUCAGGGUUGACACGGGAACUGACUAUGAUGUCAUCGAUCGCAGUGGACCACGCCCACCAACCACACACCCUGUCCCUAUAUCUGACCAAGACUACAGUACAUUGGAUACUGACGAGCAAGAGCAUGACUAUCAUGUGCUAGAAUCAACCAAUGCAGGGGGUCCAACAGCUGUGGGGGGUCAAGAGCCUCAAGACUACGAGAUACCACUCAGAAAGAUGUAGUAUAAGAGACAGUGUGUGUUUGAAAUAGAAACUGAAAGCUAACUCAACAGUUUAUAAACAACUUCAUAAUCAUACUUAGUUUGCAUGUGUUCUAGUUCCAGAUUAUAACAUUGAUUUGUACUUGCACACUCACUCUCUUAGUUCCCCAAAUAUCAGA